CUUCUUUUGUAUCUUCUCGCAAAGUCUCUGAUUCUCUCUCAACAAAAAAAGUCAGACAUAAAUGAUUAUUCAAUAUUCAAAUAAUUGGUUAGGCAACUACAAAUUCGACACAUACUUCUUCAAAUACAUCAUUCUUUUUCCAUAACCAGCAAAUUAAAAGAUUUUUAUCUAGCUCGAAUUCGGCGGCGGCGGAGGAGGCUAUUGUGAUUGAUACAGAGAUGAUUACGUGUGAAGAAGCGAAGAUUGAAGAUCGGGAUUGGAUGGCGGCGUUGAAGAAGUCGGUGAAGAUGCUUCAUUUCGGGGGGCGGGAGGAGAAGGAGGCGGCGGCGAGGGAGAUGAAGAGGCUCGCGGCGGAAGAUGUGAGUCGGCGGAGGACCAUGGCGGAGUUCGGCGUUAUUCCGCCGCUGGUUGCUAUGGUUGGAUCGGCGGCGGCGGCGGCGGCGGCGCAUCAAAGAUUGGCUGUGCAAGUGCUUAUUGAACUCGCUAAUGCAUCUUUCACGAACAAGGCUUUAAUGGUGGAGGCAGGAAUUUUAUCAAAAUUGCCCAAGAAUUUGAGUUUGUUAGAGGAAACAGAUAAGAGAGACUUUGCAGAGCUCCUCCUAUCUAUAUCAGGCCUAGCCAACACUCAAUUUCCCCUAAACUCAUCAAGAAUCAUUCCAACUGUAGUCUGCAUUCUUGAAUCAAGUUCAAGCAUAGAGACAGAAGAGCUCUGCUUGAGCACAUUGCACAACCUCUCUUCGGUUCUAGACAACGCGCCAGCCCUGAUCUCAACGGGGAUCGUGACCAGCCUAACGAAGCUAGCCUCGGUGAAGGAGACCUCGGAGAAAAGCCUAGCAACCUUAGGCAACUUGGUAGUGACCUCAGCCGGGAGGAAGGCGCUGGAGCAGAACCCCACGGUGCCCGAGGGGCUAAUCGAGAUCAUGACAUGGGAGGAGAAGCCCAAGUGCCAGGAGCUCUCUGCCUACAUUUUGAUGGUCUUGGCUCACCAGAGCUCCCUGCAGAGGCAGAAGAUGGCCAAGGCCGGGAUCGUGCAGGUGCUUCUAGAAGUGGCGCUGCUGGGGAGCCCGUUGGCGCAGAAGAGAGCGCUGAAGCUGCUGCAGUGGUUCAAGGAUGAGCAGCAGACGAGGAUGGGGCCACAUUCGGGGCCCCUGCAGGUGGGGAGGGUGUCGAUGGGAUCGCCUCUGAGUGAGGAGGAUGCCGAGCAAGGGAAGAGAAUGAUGACCAAGAUUGUGAAACAGAGUUUGUAUAAGAACAUGGAGACCAUCACGCGUCGUGCUAAUGGAGCGGCCGGAGAUGCUUCCAAGCUCAAGGCUUUGGUGGUUAGCACCAGUUCUAAGAGCUUACCAUAUUAGAAAAUUCAGUCAUAGUAGUACUUUUUUUUGGUAUAUACAAAGGAAUGGGUACAACUGGUGGUUGCACCUCUGGUGCAACUACAUGUUUGUGAUUCUGAUUGUAAAUCCUGGAUGAUUUAUUUUAAUAGUAAUAAAUUUUUGGUGUA